UUAAUCAAGAUUUUGAUCCCUUUACAUCUUGUUGAUUUGGUUUUGUUUGAGUUCGAUUGAUCUUAUUCAUUCAUUCAUAUAAUCUAAUCAUCGAGAUUACAAUGUCUUCGUCAGUCGAGUUUUUUAUUUCAAUAAAUUUUUGGAAAUAAUUUUGAACAAAAACUAACUACGAGAAAAAAAAUGUUAGCCAGGUUAUUUCUGGUAACUGAUUGUCGUAUCGUUGGUGUUUUCAUGCAUUCAAAUCACCGAUUUAGCCACGUGGCACUGAAUUCUGUCCUCAAAUCAUCCUCAUCAUCAUUAUUUUCUAAUUUAUCACGUUUCAUCAUUCGUCAUCAUAAAUAUUUAUUACAUACCGACCGAAAAUGUCAUCGCCCUCAAUUAAAAUUGAAUUAUAAAUUAAAAAAUUUAUUCCAUACAAACGCACAUUAUCAUCAAUCAAAUCGUUCUUUGAAUCGAUGGCCCGAUUUUAAAAAUUCAAAACAAAAUUCUGUUCUUAGUCGAUCACGAACAUUAAAUGAUGAUGAUCGAUUGUCAAAAAAUACUGAUCAACAACAACGACGACAAUGGCAUCCAGGACAUGGUGCAACUGAGAUGCAAAAAUUUAAAAUCAAUGGUGAAGUUAGUGGAUGGCAGAUUGUCAAACAAAUGCUUAGUUAUACAUGGCCUAAAGAUCGUCCAGAAAUUCGUAAUCGCGUCAUAAUGGCACUUGGAUUGUUGGUUGCUGCUAAAGCUGUCAACAUAAGCGUGCCGUUUAUUUUCAAACAUGGUAUUGAUCAUCUUAAUCGACAUACUGGUGAUUUAUUGGCAAUGACUGAUCCGACCAAUACGGUUAUUACGACCGGUAUUGCUUUGAUGAUUGGUUAUGGUAUUGCUCGUGCUGGUGCAUCAUUUUUCAAUGAAGCUCGUAAUGCAGUGUUUGCAAAAGUUGCACAUGAUUCUAUUCGUCGUGUCGCAAAUCAAGUGUUCACACAUCUACAUAAUAUGGAUCUACAUUUUCAUUUGAAUCGAAAUACCGGUGCAUUAUCAAAAACAAUCGAUCGUGGUACACGUGGUAUUAAUUUUGCCUUAUCAGCAUUGGUUUUCAAUGUCUUUCCAACAAUAUUAGAGGUUUCACUUGUUUCAGCAUUGUUAUUCUAUAAAUUUGGUCCAGAAUAUGUUGCUGUAACGCUUGGUUGUAUCGGAAUGUAUUCAUUGUUUACAUUGGCUGUUACAUCAUGGCGUACGAAAAUUCGUGUACAAAUGAAUAAAACGGAAAAUGAAGCAGGAGCAAGAGCCAUUGAUUCAUUGAUCAAUUAUGAAACGGUUAAAUAUUUUACUAAUGAAAAAUAUGAAUCGGAUGAAUAUCAGAAAUUAUUGAAAAAAUAUACCGAUGCAUCCAUACAUACGACUACUAGUUUGGCAUUCCUAAAUUUUGGUCAAAAUGCAAUAUUCUCUGCUAGUUUAGCUGCCAUUAUGAUAUUAGCUACACGUGGUAUUGUUGCCGGUGAAAUGACUGUUGGUGAUCUAGUCAUGGUUAAUGGUCUUUUAUUUCAAUUAUCAAUGCCAUUAAAUUUUCUUGGAUCCGUAUAUCGAGAAAUUCGUCAAUCACUUAUUGAUAUGCAAGCAAUGUUUAGUCUUUUAAAAUUAGAACCAAAAGUUCAGAAUAAACCAGGAGCAGUGCCGUUAAUUAUUUCAUCAAAGGAUGCAUUCAUCAAAGUUGAAGAUGUCUAUUUCGAAUAUAAUCCUAAUUCACCCAUUCUAAAUGGCCUUAGCUUUGAAGUACCAACUGGAAAAAAGAUUGCUCUUGUUGGUGGAUCAGGUUCAGGAAAAAGUACUAUUGUUCGUUUGUUAUAUCGAUUUUUUGAUCCACAAAAAGGCCGUAUAUUGAUUAAUGGUCGUGAUAUUCGUGAUUAUGAUCUUGAAAGCUUACGAAAAGCAAUUUCAAUUGUACCACAAGAUACAGUUCUAUUUAAUAAUAGCAUUUAUUUCAAUAUAAAUUAUGGAAAUCUUAAUUGUUCUAAAGAACAGGUAUAUCAAGCGGCUAAAAUGUCUCAUCUACAUGAUUCGAUUCUUCGUUGGAAAGAUGGCUAUGAAACAAAUGUCGGUGAACGAGGAUUGAAAUUAAGUGGUGGCGAAAAACAACGUGUAGCUAUUGCUAGAGCCAUAUUGAAAAAUGCACCAAUUCUAGCAUUUGAUGAGGCAACAAGUUCAUUAGAUUCAAUAACCGAACAGAAUAUAAUGAAUGCUAUAAAAAUUGCUGCCGAGAAUCGUACAUCGGUAUUUAUUGCACAUCGAUUAUCAACAGUUGUUGAUGCUGAUACUCUUUAUGUGAUGGAAGAUGGUCGUGUAAAAGAAAGUGGUGAUCAUUAUUCAUUGGUUGUUAAACCUGGAUCAUUGUAUGCAUCAUUAUGGGAAAAGCAACAUGUUUAUGAUCGUGAACUUGUCCAACAGCAGCAGCAACAACAACAACAACAACGAGAUUAGAAUCGACAAUCUGAAAAAGUGGUUAACAUUUUCUGUAAAUAGUAUUUUAUUCAUAUUGAAUGAAUUUGUUUUCCAAUAAAUAAAUAAAAAAAUCGAUUAAAAAAUAUUUA